ACAAGCUAGAUAACUUUCCGAUAAUGCGUCGAAAUGCGUUUCCUUCUAGAUGCAACCCUAAAUUGCGUAAAUUAAAAACCAGCCGUACAAUCAUUUCAAACUAAAGCAGCCUCAUUCCGCACACAAUCAAAGGAGCCUUUGAAACGAGGAUUUCAGAUUAAUAUAACAACAACAACAAAAAUACUAGUUUUGACAGCCGGUGUUGUCAUGGUGUCUUCUCAUUUUUCGGUUUAGUUAGGCUAGUAAGAAGGGAUUUCUAAAUUAUUCUCUGUAGCCGCUGGCGCAGUUAAAACAGUGAACAAAAAAUAGCAAUAUUUAUAAUAAAACCGUCGCAUUCCAAAGUCUGCCAACCUGCAGUUACGAUGGUAGAAACGCAGACGCGGCUGGAUCAGGCCCUGCAGGAGAACCAACACCGUACGUCUGAUCCGGUAAAAACCCUUGCAAAGAGUGGCUACAUCGUGGGAGAUGUUAUUGGCCAGGGAACCUUUGCCACCGUAAAGACAGCGUACUGGUCCAAAUUAAAAGCAAAGGUGGCUAUAAAAAUUUUGUCCAAAACAAGUGCGUCCGCACAUGUUGCCCAAAAGCAUGUGCCACGAGAAUUGGAAGUCAUCCGUACAUUGCGCCAUCCAAACAUAAUUCAUUUUUACGAAAUAAUAGAGACCAACAUGAGGUAUUAUAUUGUGAUGCAAUAUGGUGAAAAUGGAACACUCCUGGAAUUGAUGCGCACGAAUCGAACGUUGGCGGAACCAAGGGUGCGACGGUACUAUGGGCAAAUCAUCGGAGCCAUCCAAUAUAUGCACUCGUGCGGUUUUGUCCAUCGGGACAUCAAGCUGGAAAAUGUUGUCCUUGAUGCAAAGGAUCAGGUGAAGUUGAUUGAUUUCGGAUUCGCAUGCCGGGUGCGGGAUGAAGGCACUACCCUUUCCAGCCUAAUCGAACCAUACCUGUCGACAACGUUCUGCGGUAGCCACGCAUACGCCAGCCCGGAGAUACUACAGAUGAAACCGUACGAUCCCAUACCGGCGGACAUUUGGGCGUCGACUGUCAUCAUCUACGCGCUACUGUUUGGACGUUUGCCGUUUACGAAUAGCAAAAAUACGAAACUUUUGCAACAGAUUAUAGCAAAAGGCGUCCAGUUUCCUUCCACGAUAACAGUCACUGAUGAAGUCAAAGCACUAAUGAAGCAAAUCUUUGUCCCGGUACGGCAGCGCGUAACGACCGCUUACAUUCUUUGUUCGCAAUGGUUUCUUAUGGAACUGACCGAAACAAAAUAGUGCGAGAAAAAAAAAAUCGAACGAUAAAGAUAAUAAAUUUCUUUGUUGAGAAAUGCACACUCCGAAGAAUAACCCUGUAACCCUGACCUUGUUUUUCGAACCGCGUCUUUUGCAGAAAAUAAUACCUUUUUGUCCCGUUACAGGUUACAGGUAAUGGGGAAACUUGAAUACAGAAAAAAAAGUAAUACACGUACCAUAUCACCCUCGAGGGAGUCGAAGAGUGAUGGAAUGUAAUUGCUCUGGCAGGCACUGGUACCGUUUUGAUGGCCAGGAGGGAGAUAUUAACGCGUGAAUAAUGGAAUUAUUCAUGAACAAACUUUUGUGUAACAACGCGAGCAACGGAUGGACGGAAGGACACUUUAUUUAUAGUGUCAACAUAAUGUUCAUGGCCGUGAAAAAGUAAUCUUUCACGGUAAACCAGCUCGCUCUGGUUUUUGGGGGGUGGAGGCCACCAAUGGUAAUGGUACUUGUUCUGCAUGUUAAGAAGGACAUUGGUGUAAAGCUCAUUUCCCAGCCCCGAGUAUUAGUAUCAGUAUUACUUAGUAUAGAAAUGUUUCCUUUUUCCCC